AUGAACGCAAAGUCAGGAGUACUCUGGGCCGCAAGAUUCGCAGCACAAUGCACAAAUAGCAAACACGAUCUUUGUGGGCAGCCGCUGUCCCCUGUCUCAACGGUGCCAUCGCGCUCGCAGUCCACCCUUGCAGCAGAGGCAUACGCCGAAGAUGACCGUCUGUAUGGAUUCCUUGACUCAGAUCUCUCUCUUGCAAGUCGAGAAGACUGGGAUAGCUGGUUGGAGGCUUUCUGUCGCCAGGUCUACCCGCAGUACCCGUUCUUGCACCUCCCGGCACUGCAAUCCUUAUACAAACAACUACCGGGCCCUCCAGGUCUGUCUGUCGAGCAUGUCUUUCGAAGUGAAGAGCACUGCUGCCAGACGUCGCAGGUGCUUGUCGUUCUGGCCAUUGGGGCCUACUGCAAGAGCUCGCAUUCAAGCACAUUCAAGGGAUCCUGUCCUGGGGGCUGGGCCCUCUAUUCAACGGCCCUUGACGUCUACGGCCACAUGAUGAAAACUGCAUCGGAUCCUUCAACCGGGCUACUUCUUACGCAGACGAUUGUGCUCAUGGCAGUCUAUUGUUGCUGCGUAGAUGCUACGCAGAUGGCAAAAAGACUACUCAGUCUGGCCAUUUCACAGCUGCACUGUCAGGGAGGCCACAGACGCGACACCCUUACCAGCAUUCCAGUUGCCAGAGGCGAGCUCAUGCGGCGUUUGUGGUGUUCGGUCUAUGCCUUGGAUCGAGAGCUGAGCAUCCAAACCGAAGGCGAGCCCAUUAUUAAAGACGACAAUGUCGACUUUGCUCUUCCACUGAAUCUGGGAGAUCAAUGGAUAGCCAUGCACUAUGAUGACAACAGAAGCUCUUCAGACCUCGCUGAUCGAAUCCAACAUGAGAUGUUGAAAAAGCCUACAGCGGAAAUAUCAUGCCUCAGGGAGUUGACAUGCUAUGCAAGAGCAGCUAGCAAGACCCUGGAGAUACUGCGUGACAAGAACAAGAAUUUCCACCAUGGGAGUAGUCCAUUGCUAAUUGAGAGCUUGGAGCGCUACAUCUCAAGGGCAUUCCAGACCACCGGAGUGGCUUUCCAGUCAGAAAGCCGUCAAUCAAGCACGUCUUUAGCCGAGAAACUAGCAAUCGAAAAGAAGGGAUGGUCCUUGCGAACAAAUAGAUGGUGCUACCUGCGUCUUUUGAUCGCUGUCCAUGCGGUCGAACGAUCGAAAGAAUCAGGUCUACCCGACAGUCAGGCAACUCGGUUUACCUGUCUGCAUCUGAUAGACGAGAUUCUCCGGGCUCUUAAUUCACUGCCACAUGAGUUUCCGAAGUUCACGUUUCCUAUCCUCCACUACUGGUAUAGUGCGGUGCGCAUUGGACUGGAGAUGGUAGGUGAAGAACCCUUGCUUCGUCAAUGUUAUGGCGUAACAAUACUCGAAGCCGUCAUCUCGCUCUGCGAAUGUUAUGCAAAGACAUGGCUGUCGAGCCGGAUCAGCCAAAACAUCCUGGGCAUGAGCUAUGCCGCCCGGUCAAUCUUUGCGGACGAACUCGCGGGACGCGAGAAUUCGUUGAUUCUACCCCAAAGCCUCGGAAGUCAAAGCAACAUGAUAGCAAAGUUGGAGGAAGCACCAGUCAUCGCAAGCCCACUAUCUUCACUCUCUUCAGAUGGGACCGUAAGUUCAUCCAGCACCAUCGGAGCCCCUGGGGAUGUGUCUAUCGCUCAGAGAGCCGAGAAACCGAGUCAAGCAGUCGAAAUCGGCAACCAGAGCAACGAACAGAAUCUUCCCCAUACUCAAAACUGCAAUGGCCAUGCCUCCUCUCACUCCCAGGGAGCUUUUACCAGGAAUCUCCACUAUGCAGAAAAUGACCGACACACUCUCUGUGCAGAUGGCAAAUGGGGCGGCGCAGAACCCACCAUUCUCGAUGACGAUCCCAACGGCCAACAGCUGUAUACCACGCCCAGUUCACCCGUCGCAGGAGUCAAGCCUGGCCCAGGUAUUCAGUUGAAUAUUUCUGAUCCUCUCGAUCUCCCCAGUCGUCCCAGGAACUUGGAUCCCACCAUGGCAAACGAAUCAACGCAGACCAUCGCGUCAGACAGUCACAUCUCACCUGGUGAUCAAUCAUGGGGGUCCUGUUCUGCAGCAAAUAUUUUAAAUUGUGGCAUUUCUGAGUUGGGACUGGAUGAGAUCCACCUCUUCACGCUAUCUGAUGCUGGAAUGAAUCCGAUGUAG